CACAAAUAGCAUGUACUCAAUUUCUUUUCCAAACCCACACAUAUUUGGGGUUUGUAGUUCCGUCUAUUCAAAGCAUUCAUCUCUGGGGUUCCGAGUUUGAUUCCUACCUUCUUCAGUACCUUGCUUUGUAUAAAAAAAAAUACAAACGCAUACACGUAGAAAUGUUGAAUGAGAUCUUCACCUUGUUGCAAUCUUCUUUAUUCGCACUAGUAUUUGUGUUCAUUUUCCUGAUCUUCUUAUUCAAAUGUCUCUCAACUCCAAUAGCCACAAACCCACCACCGUCUCCACGUAAGCUCCCAAUAAUUGGAAACCUUCACCAACUAGGAUUGUACCCUCAUCGCUCGCUUCAAGCCUUAUCUCAACUCCAUGGCCCUCUCAUGCUUCUCCAUUUUGGAAGUGUCCCAGUCCUUGUUGUUUCUUCAGCUCAGGCAGCCAAGGAGAUCUUGAAAACUCAUGACCUCACAUUUUCUGACCGACCCAAGUCCACCAUCUUUCAGAAGCUCCUCUACAACUACAAAGACGUCUCAACGGCGCCAUAUGGUGAGUACUGGAGGCAGGUGAAGAGCAUAUGUGUUUCUCAUCUCUUGACCAACAAAAGGGUACAAUCCUUUCGCUGUGUGAGAGAAGAUGAAACCAAGUUGAUGAUUGAGAAAAUAAAUCUGUCUUGCAGUACUAACGAAUCUUCAGUUGUGAAUUUGACUGAAAUGGUUGUGACUCUUACUACUGAUGUUAUAUGUAGAAUUGCGUUGGGGAGAAAGUAUUGUGGUGGAGAAGGAGGGAAAAUGUUUAAGGAGAUUUUGGGGGAGUUUAUGGAGUUGUUGGGACGUCUUGUGAUUGGGGACUAUAUCCCAUGGCUUGCUUGGUUGAGCUGUGUCAAUGUGGGCACUAAACUAGACAAGGUGGCUAAAAGGUUUGAUGACUUUUUAGAUGGAAUUGUUGAAGAGCAUAUAGAUGGUGCAAAGAGUGGAGUUGAGCAUGAGGAAAAGGACUUUGUAGACGUUUUGCUUUGGAUUCAGAAAGAAAAUCUAGCUGGUUUUCCUCUUGCUAGAGUUAGCAUAAAGGCCCUCAUCUUGGAUAUGUUUGCUGCUGGCACUGAUACAUAUACAAUCAUAGACUGGGCAAUGUCUGAGCUUUUAAGGCAUCCAAGGGUGAUGAAAAAACUGCAAAAGGAAGUAAGGGGAAUAGCAAGAAGUAAAACCGAGAUAAUAACCGAGGAUGAUUUGGUUGGAAUGCACUACUUGAAGGCAGUGUUCAAGGAGACUCUUCGCUUACAUCCUCCAGUUCCAUUACUAAUGCCAAGAAAGUCAACCCAAGAUGUGAAAAUCCAUGGCUACGACAUUAAAGUCAACACACAAGUCAUAGUGAAUGCAUGGGAAAUCGGAAGAGAUCCCAAAUCGUACGAAAAACCGGAGGAGUUUGAGCCAGAAAGGUUCUUGAAUAGUGGUAUAGAUUAUAAAGGGAAUGACUUUGAAUUGAUUCCAUUUGGAGCUGGCAGGAGGGGCUGCCCAGGAAUUCAGUUUGCCAUGGCGGUUAAUGAAAUUGGUUUGGCAAAUUUGGUGCAUAAAUUCGAUUGGGAGUUGCAUGGCGGAGCAAGAGCGGAGGAUUUAGACAUGACCGAGUCUACUGGUUUAACCAAACGUAGAAAAUACCCUCUUAAAGCGGUUGCUAUUCCAUAUUUAUAAUGUGCUUGCCAUAUUUUGUUCAUGUUAACUUGCAUAUGCCAUAUGGAGGGCAAUAAUAAAGUUUAAGUUAAUAAUCAUAUAUAGAGUAGAUCGCAUCUUCUUUUUUGAAUAAAGUGUAGCACGGUGUGCUAAGAAAGUAAAAAUAAAUAAAUAUGUGCAUCUAUUAUAUUUUGUA